AUGGUGAUAUGUAAGCCAUUGCACUACACGACCAUCAUGAGCAGACAUCUCUGUAGCUCACUUCUGGCUUUGGCCUGGGCCAGAGGCUUCCUUCAUGCCACAAUUCACACUCUCUUCAUGACACAUUUACCAUUCUGUGGCCCCAGUGUCAUCGACCACUUUAUGUGCGAUUUAUACCCCUUGCUGAAACUGUUCUGCUCUGAUACUCACACCUUGAGUGUGCUGGUUGCUGCUAACAGUAGUGGCAUGUGCAUGUUAAUCUUUAUCCUGUUGAUGAUUUUCUAUGCCUUCAUCUUGCCCUCUCUGAAGACCCACAGUGCCGUGGGUUAUUUACCACCCUAUACACAAACAAGAAUCUCCAACAGUGACACCUACCUAAAUACUGACCCAAAAUUCUUCACAUCCUUAAAUGAUGCAAAAGUAGAAAAAGAAGUAGAAAACAUAAUUAAGACCAUCAAGGCUUCCUUUUAG